UUUGCCGGUUUACCCAAUUCAAUGGCUAGAGAAAAAGAGAGUCUAAAAAUUAUUUUUCUUGAAAAGUUAGGCGUUAUGCUUCAAAUGCAUAUAAGAAUAAGUGUUUGAAUUAAGUAAAUUUAGAUUGGAAUAUUUUUUUUUUUUAUAGAGAAAGCCAACAUCAUAUUACAUUCAAACGUGUCGAAUUUUGAAUUUAGGGCUCGAAUCCAAUCCAGCAAAGUUAUGAAAUCAACCGAAUUAGGGUUUUGGAUUGGAUUUUGAACACCUUUAGAAAUAAGUGGUAUAAUCUUUGCUUAAGUAAUGAAAAAAUAGUUUCAAAUAGUUGACUUGGUAUGCAAUCCAGAGUACCAGAUCCUCAACAAUGACAGUUAAUGAAUUUACUCCAGAGAAUCCAUAGCUGUCACAAAUAAACAAACAAAAUCUCUAUGCAUUUAUUUUGCAAUCUAGGGACUAGAUAUGAUGAUAUAUAGAAACAAGGUGCUAAGAACCAUUGCUCAGACAAGUGUCUCAUGCACGCAUUAACAACUGACAGCCACUCGCUCACAUUAACAGUUGAGAGCCAUGCACGCGCUGGCCGGGCGAGUGUUCUAAGCAAAUUAAGCGGCUCUAGACAAACAGUUCUCCACUGCACAUCAUUUCUUUGCAUGCCAACACAAUCAGCCAUUUCUGCUGUUUGGAUUCUGCAUAAUCUGCACUUUUUGAGGAGUAAAUGCAUGCCUAUAAACGUGGCGUAUUCCCGAUUUCUUUUCCUCGGUAUAUAAAUCGCCAUCUCGGCUUGUCAUUGUCGUACUCAAUUCAAUAUUUUCAAUGUCUGCAGAGAUCAAGAAAAUGGAGGGCAAUUCCUUGCGUCAACAAGUUGCAGCCAUGAGGCAAUCUCUCUUUGAUGAGGAAAUUUUGGACAAACAGUUUGUGCAGAUGGAGGAAUUGGAAGAUGUACACAACCCCAACUUUGCUGAGGAGCUUAUGACCUUGUAUUUCAGGGACUCCUCCAAACUGUUAAUUUCUGUGGAGAAAGCACUGGAGAGACCCCCGUACGACGCUAACAUACUUGAUAAGUUUCUCCACCAGCUCAAAGGUAGCAGCGCCAGCGUUGGAGCUAACAAAGUACGGAUUGAGACCAACAAGAUGAGGGAGGCUCUCAAGGCAGAAGACGUUGAAAGGACCAAGAGUCAGUUCCAGCUGGUUAAAAGGGCUCACAAGACUCUCAAAGGGAAAAUGGAACCCUACUUUCAUCUGCUACGACAAGCUGGACCUGCAGAUGCUGCUCAGCCCCCAGAGUAAAUGAAAUGGUGAAGCAAUGCAACCAAACAUGAAGUCUAUCUAUAUAAUUAACUAGAGUAAUUUAGUUUAAUGUUGGAAUAAAUAAGCAAGGUUGCUCUUGUUGUUGUUGUUUUGUUUAUGAAUUAGGGGAAUCUUAAAAAAUGACUAAGGGUAUCCUAAACCUUUUAUGAUGUUGUAGCAGAGAAUGCAAAUCAUGAACUUCAAGUUUCAUGAAGUAUAA